AUGACUAACAUGUCCUCAGGAUCAAAGCGUUCAUGGGAAGGCAGGGAAUCCAGCUAUCGCGAGCAUAAAAAACCAAGAGAAGAUACCAGAGAUUGGAGGGAUGUCCACUUGAAGACCUCGACUGGGCACUCUGCGUCCAGUGUUAGUGGCCGCAGAGGUAGUAAUGGGCAUCGCCGACGGGAUACUGAUCACAGUCGACGAAGUACUAGUCGACCUCGCAGGGACCGCAGUCGUCGUAGGGAGGACCAGCGACAUGAUAAUUCACCUCGACAAUAUCGAUCCCGCUCUCCAAGAAGCAAUGGCAAUGGGAGGCAUGACAGCAAUGAGCUGGAAGAAGGCGAGAUUUCUCCACGCCAUAGCCCUCCUACUGCUCCAGAUCCAGCACCGGCGCCGGCACCGUCUUCUUCACUAGCUCCAGCACCGUCUUCCGAACCUUUGCCCGACCUGCAACUGGAUAUACCGGCACUAACAGAAACCACCUUCGAUCCUGAGGCCGCUCGAAAGGCUCGUCUAGUCAAGUGGGAGGCAAUCCGUGCACGCUCGAGUGUGAAUACGAGCGUUAACGGGACUCCCGCACCGGAGAUUAGCAGUGCGGUCCAACCGCCCCCUUCUUCAGCCGUUUCUGAUCAUAUAACGAGCAGUUUUAGCCAUACAUCUCUACUUUCCAACGGCUCUAAGGCGGAUAAUAAGCGCACGUCUCUGUCGCCAUCACCGACUCCAGGAAAUGAUUUCGAGCUCGCUAAGGAUGACGAGGCGGAAUCAUCACAACGCAAGACACAAGCCGAGAAUUCUACCCUAGAUGGCGCGGUUCAAGUCUCUGCGGGUGAUUACGACCCUAGUCUAGACCGCAGAGAAGACGAGCAAAGACGUGUGUUCGGUCCUACUCAAAAUGAACCUGAAGUUAUGGAGGUAGAUGAGGAGGAGGAGGAAGAAGAGGAAGAAGAAGAUGUCGAUGACAUGUUCGCCGUCGCCACGACAGAGAAGAAGCCCAAGAAAGUCAAGAAAGUCAAGAAGACGAAUCCCACUGCCCCUGCGCUAAUAACAACCACUCUGGAUUCUGCAGCUGACUCAGAAGGAUAUUAUUCUGUCAUACUUGCGGAACAGCUUGACGGCGGACGAUAUCAAGUGUUCUCUUCUCUCGGUAAAGGAAUGUUUGCCAAUGUCGUGCGUGCGCGAGUACUACAGGGCGAUGGUGACGCCGUCGGAAGAGAGGUCGCAAUAAAGAUCGUUCGAUGUCAGGAAUCCAUGUACAAGGCCGGUCUCAAGGAGGUUCAAAUUCUCAACAAACUAAUGCAAGCCGAUCCUGACGACAAGAAACAUAUUGUCAGACUAGAACGGACAUUCGAGCACCGAGGCCAUCUUUGUCUCGUUUUUGAAAGUCUGAGUAUGAAUCUACGCGAAGUUGUCAAGCGAUUUGGCAAAGACGUGGGUCUAAAUAUACGGGCUGUUCGGGCGUAUGCACAUCAACUAUUCCUAUCCCUUACUUUAUUGAAGAAGGUGGGUGUAAUGCAUGCGGAUAUCAAGCCAGACAAUAUCCUAGUGAAUGAAGCGAAAACCGUACUGAAACUAUGUGACCUUGGGUCUGCGUCUGAUGCCUCAGAGAACGAGAUUACUCCUUAUCUCGUUAGCCGAUUCUAUCGUGCCCCGGAAAUCAUACUCGGGGUUCCCUACGAUCCUGCUCUUGACAUAUGGUCCAUGGGCUGCACGCUCUACGAACUAUACACGGGCAAGAUACUUUUCCCCGGAAGAUCAAAUAAUCAGAUGCUCCUUCUCAUGAUGGAACUAAAGGGCCGGUUUAACAGCAAGAUGAUAAAGAAAGCGAAGUUCGGUGAUGUUUAUUUCGAUGACAUGGGAGGCUUUGAGAGUGUCGAGCGUGACCGAGUGUUAGGAACCGACGUCGUACGCAAAGUUCACAUCUCAAAGCCUACGCGCGAUCUUCGUGCCCGCCUCAUGCCGCCCGCGUCAGUCAAAAUGAAAGAUGAUGAAAGCAAACUGCUACUCUCUUUCAUUGAUCUUCUUGACAAGUGCUUAGCGUUAGAUCCUUCGCGAAGGAUCACUCCUCGGGAAGCUUUAGCUCACCCAUUCAUCCGAGGAUAG